AUUGGUGACGGAGGCAGGCCAGCGUUUAUUUUGGCUCUGCUACUCAUUUGUCUGCUGUCGCCGCCAUUAAACAACACGGAGGCAAUGUAAACCACGGAGAGUCGCGGAUUUAAACGAUGAUUCGAGGUGUUCCAGGCUUUGCCGGGGAUUGCUUUGUUCCGCCAGUGGUUAACGAGUCCAUGAAGGUAAACAUGUGAGAGGGCAGAGGAGUCGAAAUCAUUCGGAUUGGGAAAGGUUUGAUUGAGCCGGAGGAGGAGGAGAGGAGGGGAGGAGGGGGAGUGAACGAGAAGGGUUUGUUGUGGUUUUCGGCGGCGCAGCGCAGUCACGAAACGUGCAUCCAACUAAAGUAGUCCACAAUGACGGAGCAGAGGAUAAAGUGGGCCUGUGACUACUGCACCUAUGAAAACUGGCCAUCUGCAAUCAAAUGUACUAUGUGCCGUGCACCGAGGUUGAGGGGACCCAUUAUUACAGAGGAACCUUACAAAAACAGUCCUGAUCUGGACCCCGGACUGGAGUGGGAGCCUUCUAGAAGUGAAAGUGGCAGCAGCCUCCUCAUCUGUCCUGAUUCCAGUGCCAGGCCUAGAGUCAGGUCACCCAGUAUGGCUGAGAUUGCCAAUAAGUGGUCCUGCCAGAUGUGCACCUAUCUGAACUGGCCUCGUGCCAUCCGUUGCACACAGUGCCUCUGUCAGCGCCCGAGGACCAGCAGCCCCACUGAGUCCCCACAGACGUCAGGCUCCAAUGCAGGUUGCCGCCCUGCUCUCCACUCUCCUGUGGAUACCUGUGAGGAGUAUAAUGACAGAAACAGACUCAACACCCACCAACAGCACUGGACAUGUACCGCCUGCACUUACCAGAACUGGCCCAGAACUACAAAAUGUGUGGUGUGUGACCUCCCCAGGCCCAACAACCAAGAAGCCAUAGAGCUGGCCGAGUCUGCGGAGCCCUCACCCGUAAUCAAUGAGCAAGACAGGGCUCGGUGGAGGGGCAGUUGUAGCGAAGGCCAGGGGCAAAGGAGAUCCCCUCCUAUGCCCAAGAGGGAAGAUCAUGUCACUAUGGAUUUCCAGAGGAUAGAGCUUGCAGCUGGAGCCAUGAGCAAAGAGGAACAAGAAGUCGACUUCAAGAGGUUAAAGCAGAUUAGGAACCGAAUGAAGAAAACUGACUGGCUGUUUCUUAGUGCAUGUGCUGGCGUUGUGGAGGGAGACCUGGCGGCAGUAGAAGCUUAUAAGUCAUCCGGUGGCGACAUUGCCCGACAGCUCACUGCAGACGAGGUGCAGCUCCUUAAUCGGUCCUCAGCUUUUGAUGUAGGCUUCACUCUGGUACAUCUGGCUAUUCGCUUUCAAAGGCAGGACAUGCUCGCCAUUCUGCUAACAGAGGUGAGCCAGCAAGCAGCCAAGUGCAUCCCUUCCAUGGUGUGUCCCGAGCUGACGGAGCAGAUCCGCAGAGAGAUUGCAUCUUCACUACGUCAACGUAAAGGAGACUUCACCUGUUACUUCCUCACCGACUUGGUCACUUUUACUCUGCCCGCAGAUAUAGAAGACUUGCCGCCUGCUGUCCAGGAGAAGUUGUUUGAUGAGGUGUUAGAUCGAGAUGUGCAGAAAGAACUGGAAGAGGAAUCUCCUGUUAUCAACUGGUCUCUGGAGCUGGGGACACGCCUGGACAGUCGCCUCUACGCCUUGUGGAACCGCACUGCCGGAGACUGCCUGUUGGACUCUGUUCUGCAGGCCACCUGGGGCAUCUACGACAAGGACUCUGUCCUCCGCAAGGCUCUCCACGACAGCCUGCACGACUGCUCCCACUGGUUUUACACACGCUGGAAGGAGUGGGAGUCAUGGUACUCGCAGAGCUUUGGUUUACAUUUCUCCCUCAGAGAGGAGCAGUGGCAGGAAGACUGGGCCUUCAUUCUGUCUUUGGCCAGCCAGCCCGGGGCCAGCCUAGAGCAGACCCACAUUUUUGUUCUUGCACAUAUUCUUCGAAGACCCAUCAUAGUCUACGGAGUGAAAUACUACAAAAGUUUCCGUGGGGAAACGUUAGGAUACACUCGUUUUCAAGGUGUGUACCUGCCUCUGUUAUGGGAGCAGAGCUUCUGCUGGAAGAGCCCCAUUGCCCUGGGCUACACACGGGGUCACUUCUCGGCCCUGGUGGCUAUGGAGAACGACGGCUACGACAAUCGCGGUGCGGGCGCCAACCUCAAUACUGACGACGAUGUCACAGUCACUUUCCUGCCAUUGGUGGACAGCGAAAGGAAGCUGCUGCAUAUUCACUUCCUGUCUGCACAAGAGAUGGGCAACGAGGAGCAGCAGGAAAAGCUGCUGAGGGAAUGGCUGGACUGCUGCGUGACAGAAGGAGGCAUGCUGGCUGCCAUGCAGAAGAGCUCUCGCCGCCGUAACCACCCCUUGGUCACCCAGAUGGUGGAGAAGUGGUUGGACAGAUACCGCCAGAUCCACCCCUGUGCCUCUCUCUCCGAUGGCGAGGAAGAGGACGAUGAAGAUGAGUGAGUGAGGGGGAAGUAGAGAGGAGAGAAAAGAGCUCUUAAAUCUGUGGAAUGGACAUUAUAGGGUCUGGGAGAGACUACCUUGCUAUCUACAUUUCCCCUUCCCCUCCCUCGUUUCUCCAAAAAUGUAAAUCUUUAACUUGUAAUAAUGCAUGUGUUCUGUGAGCUCUGUGGUAGAGAAGAUACCAGCACCAUCAAACAGAAUCCUGAUUACUGCUCCCAUGAACGCAAGUCCACUUGGUUUGCCUCCCUAUAGUCCUUACCGGUUAUCUUGAUGCUUCCUGUCAAGGUAAUUAUCUCACCGUGAGAGAAGUAAUAGCUCAUAUAGGAAAAAUAUACUGUAUUUAAGGAAAUCCUGAAGCUGCACUAGAUGGCAAAGUUCAUUUAUACAGAAUUGCCUGACAGAAAUUUUUGCUUCAAACUGAGAGGAUGAUAAUCCUUUUUGUGUGUGUGUGUGUGUGUGUAUGUUUAAGGUUUACAGAGCACUUGUUUUCCUGAUUGCUGAUCCCCUCUACAAAGCCCCAUUUGAUGUUGAAUUUAUUUAUUUGUUCAGAAGAGUUGGCACGCGGAGGCGAUACCCUUUGUUCUGCCCCGUUUUAUCUGUUUUUUGGUUGCUUUUUUUUUUUUUUUUUGAUCUUUUCAGUUGAAGUAUUGAAGUAUUUUAUUUUGCACAGAUUAUACAUAAAUUCUGUGAGGGGGGGGGGGACAUACAGGCUUACUGACAUUUCUAUGUGUGACACAGUUUGUGUUUGAGUGGGUGGUGGUGGUGAUGCUGGUGGGGGAAAGAAAACCAAACGCCCCGCCUCUUUCAGCGGACAGCGUUAAUAUUAAAUUUGACUCACUUGCA